CGCCCACCAACUCCAGUCUGCGGUGGUUUUGCGAAAAUGGAUAAGCAAGUUGUUGGAAUCUUGGGCGGUGGGCAACUUGGUCGCAUGACUAUAGAAGCGGCCAACCGCCUCAACGUCACUGUCGCCGUCCUUGACUCGAAAGGCAACCCCGCUUCAGAACUCGCAGCUACAGCACCCCAUGUGGAAGGGACAUUCAAAUCCGCUGACAAAAUUCUUGCCCUAGCCCAAAAGGUCAAUGUCCUCACUGUGGAAAUUGAGCAUGUGGAUUGCGACGCCCUCGAUAAGGCCGCAAAGGAGUACAAUAUACCGGUGCAUCCUUCCCCCGAGACUAUUCGAAUCAUACAAGACAAAUGUCGGCAAAAGGUUGUCUUGAGCGAGGCUGGUUUGCCGUUGCCCGAGUUUCGGGAUUUAGCAGGCGGAAAGGAGGUCGAGGAGAUCAAGGCUGCAGCGAAAAGCGGGUUCGGCUAUCCCAUUAUGUUGAAAUCCAAAACGCUUGCCUACGAUGGGCGAGGUAACAGGGUGGUUAAAUCUGAAUCGGAUGUGGAGGAUGCUGUGGAAGCAUUGGGUGGAGGAAAAAAUGCAGGUGGUCCGCCUUUGUACGUGGAGAAAAUGGUGCCCUUUACAAAGGAACUGGCGGUCAUGGUUGCAAGAGGAGUGAAUGGGGAGGUGGCCAGCUACCCCUGUGUAGAGACUGUGCAAAAGGAUAAUAUCUGUCAUGUUGUGUUGGCUCCAGCGCAGAUCGAUGGUUUGGUGGGGAAACGAGCUAAAGAGGUUGCGGAGCGAGCCGUAAAGGUGCUGAAUGGAGCAGGGGUAUUUGGGGUGGAGAUGUUUUUGUUGGAAAAUGGCGAUAUCCUACUGAACGAAAUCGCGCCGCGUCCUCAUAACUCUGGCCACUACACCAUCGAGGCAUGUCAUACCUCUCAAUUCGAGCAACACCUUCGAUGCAUUCUAGGGCAGCCUCUGGGCAGCACUGAAAUGAAGGUCCCCGCCUCUGUUAUGGUGAACAUUCUCGGACUCGGCGAUGGGCCAGAAGGGAUGGAACUGACACUUCGUCCAUGCGCGGUGGCAAUGGGGCUACCUGGUGCGACAGUCCACUUGUACGGCAAAAAGGAAUGUCGAAAGGGUCGAAAAAUGGGUCAUGUUACCGUUGUCGGCGAGACAAUGGUGGAGGUUUUGGACCGCGUGAAAGAUAUUCUUGCUGUUGUUCCCGGUAGCGAAACCGAGACAUUUGGACUGAGUCCGCAAGUCGGCAUUAUUAUGGGCUCUGACUCGGAUUUGCCGACUCUCAAGGCAGCCGCCGAGAUUUUGCGAGAUUUCGGCGUACCAUUUGAACUGACCAUUGUCUCUGCCCACCGAACACCCCUCCGGAUGAUGGAGUAUGCAAAGACAGCGCAUGAACGAGGGUUGAGAGUUAUUAUUGCCGCAGCGGGUGGUGCUGCGCAUUUGCCUGGUAUGGUUGCGGCUUUGACGCCGUUGCCAGUUAUUGGCGUGCCUGUUGCACUUAGAGUCCUGGAUGGACAAGACUCUCUCUUGUCGAUUGUCCAAAUGCCGCGCGGUGUGCCCGUCGCCACUGUGGCAAUCAACAAUUCCACCAACGCGGCAUUGUUGGCUGUCCGCAUUCUUGGGUCUCACGUCAGUGGGUAUCUGGAAAAAAUGGCAGCAUACAUGCGUAAACAAGAGCGAGAGGUAUUGCACAAGGUGGACCAAUUGGAAGAGGUCGGGUGGGAAGCAUACCAAGUUAAACAUUAGAAUUGCAUGACGGGGAUGUGUGUGCGUGUUGUUUAUAGUUUUCCAUUUUUUUUUUUUAAUUUCCACGGCUGACAAUGAAUAAGGACUCAAACAUGUAUAUUUACACUCUA